CUCAGCCUCGCGCCUAGAUGACAUGUCGCUUCAUCACUGUACGCGCCCCUCAAGAUCGCAUAUUCAACAAGCGUCCCCACCAGACCCGCUUCCCCGCCCCGACUAAGCCGCACAGGCGCUAGACAGGACAAUGGACGCAACGACGACCACGCUGUGCCUGUGCAUCGGCGUCGCAUCAGUAUUAGCCGUGCUCUACGACCGAUGUACAAAGGGGAUCCCGUCGCGACUGCGAGCGGGAGAGGCACCUCAGAGCGCGUCUGGCUUCGUCAGAGCUGACACGUUCAGCCUGCCCGACAAACCCGCACGCGCUCACGGGAUCGACAUCGUCUUUGUGCACGGCCUCGGCUCAAACCCCGACACGACAUGGGGACGGAGGGAGUCCAAUUGGGUCAAUGACUUCCUCACGCAAGACAUUCCCAAGGUGUUUCACGAGGACAUUCGAAUCUUCUUCUACAACUACGACUCGUACUGGAAGAGGGAUGCUGUGCAGACGCGCCUGUGGAGGCUCGGAAAAAGCCUGCUUGACGGCAUGUGCUCGCUGAUCCGGGGCACAGAGGAGGAGCGGACGCGCAGUCUUAUCUUUGUCGGCCACAGCUAUGGGGGCCUUGUUAUCAAACGGGCACUUAUCCUAGCUUACCAGGACCAAGCCUUCAAUCACGUCGCCGAACACACGAGAGGCGUUGUUUUCUUAGGCACGCCCCACCGAGGAUCGAGCUUCAGCACGUGGGGCAGCCUCGCCGCACGAGCGCUGGGGCCGCUCGGAUCAAACCCAUCGCUUCUGCAAGAAGUAGAGUAUGACGCGCUUCCUCUUCUCGAAUUGCAUGAAGAGUUCGAAAGUGCAAGGAGCGAGAAGCUUCAAGUGGUCAAUUUUUUUGAGCAGCGCAAGAUGCGACUUGUCAAAGUGUGGUUCUUCCGGUGGGAUGAAUUUUGCGUUCGGGAGCAGUCAGCGACGUACAGCCGCGUUGAGAACAUUGGCCUCUCUGUCGACCACUACGGCCUGAACAAGUAUACAUCAAGAGACGGAAACUACAAGAGGAUUCUUGGCAAGCUUCUUAACAUUAUCACACCCAUUGCCUCCCAGAAGCAGCACCAGCUGUACUCUGUUCCUAUCGCUACGGUCGAGAGCUAUGUCAAGCGGGAUCUACUUUCGACUAAAAUCGAAGACGAGCUACGUGUGCACGACCAGGAAGCUGGUGUUCCUCGUGUGCUUAUCAUCCAUGGACUUGGUGGUACUGGAAAGACCCAGCUAGCACGGCAGUACAUCGAAGACUAUAAGGACGAGUACAAUCCUAUUCUUUGGAUUGACUCUACAGACCAGGGAUCUGUGCAAGCAAGUUUCAAGCGGUGCGCAGGCGAGCUUGGGCUACCAGUGGAUCAGGGGAGCAUACAGACCUCUAAGCUUGCGGACUCUCUCGCUGUACAGGCGGUACUCAGGUGGUUUCGCAAUCGAAAGAGAACGGACGACCGGUGGCUAGUAGUUUUUGACAAUGCUGAUGAUCACAAAAUGGAGGUCCAAAGUGUCAUUCCAAAAGGCAAUUAUGGGAGCAUUAUCAUCACCAGCCAAGACAGUAAUCUGUUGAAUCGUAUGAAAGACUACAGAGAAGUAGAAGUGGGUACUAUGGAGUCACUGGAAGCAAAGACGCUUCUUCUCAGACACCUCAAACUAGAAGUCAGCAUCGCCGCAGAAGAUAUCCUAGUAGAUUGCAACAAGAUUGCAGAGAAGCUUGGAUACUUGCCUCUUGCUGUUGACCUCGCUGGAGCAUAUAUUGGCAGAAGUAAAAAAGACCCGAUACGAGCCUUGCGGCAGUAUCUUGUGGAUUACGACAAACAGCAUGACUAUCUGCUAAAGGACACUAGGUUCUGCGAUUCCUCAGCAAGCGAGAAGACGGUGUGGACAGUCUGGAGCACAACGCUUAAAAGGAUUGAGCAGAAUCAUGCGGAUUUGCGACCAGACUUGUUGCUUGCCUUCUUGGCGCGAUUUCGCAGUGGUGUGGUGCAGGACGAGCUGCUCCGUCUGGCGAGCUUAAGCUUGUCUACUGUAGCCCAAAAAAUGUACGGCGGGACUGCAGAACUACCAAACUGGCUCGCCAAGAUCCUGGAGUUGGACGAGAAGGGGUGGGUCGACUUCCAUUACCGGCAGGGCUGCGACGUGCUUGUUCAAUACAGCUUGCUGCAGCGAACUCCAGGAACUUGGCAGGGUGUGAGAAUGCAUAGUCUAGUCAAAUGGCGAGCAAAGAAGUACGAAGAGGAGCAGCCGUGGGAAAAGUGGUAUCUAAUGACUGUUUUGGCAGGGUGUGUUCAGUUGUCUAGGGAUCAUGCAAGACCAGCGUUUCGAAGAGAACUAGUCACAAAUGUCCCGGCGCCAGAUGAGAGGUAUUUGGAUGAGGUGGGCGUAGAUGACAAGAGGAAAGAGUUUGUAUGGCACACUGUCGGCACAGUGUAUUUUUAUGAAGGCCGGUGGAAGGAGGCUGAAGAGCUGGAGGUGCAAGUGAUGGAGACGAGCUCAAGGGUGCUUGGCAAGGAGCAUCCCGACACGCUGACCAGCAUGAACAAUCUCGCCUUUACUUUGAAAUCCCAAAGCCGAAACCAAGAGGCCCUCGCUCUACUAGAAAAAUGCUUUCAGCUGUGCAAAAGUAUCCAUGGCGAACAAUAUCCACACACAGAAUUGGUACAUGCUACAUUAGGUAAAUGGCGGGCAGAGAAUAAUAGCAAGGUAGAUCUGUAAUGUCGUCUUAGUCUGUAGUAUACAAAGUAGAAUGGUGUAAAUCAGGU